UACAACCCGGCACAACUCUCUCAACAUGUUCAAGCUGUUCUUGUUAGCCUGCGUCCUGGCGUUUGCCGCGGCCGUGCCGGCACCAGCCCCAGCCCCAGCCCCGGAACCAGCUCCCGAGGCCAAACCAGGUGCCCUCCUGGCGGCCCCGGUCUUCCCGGCCGGCUACAUCGCACCCGCGAUACCAUCGUACGGCGCCCCCCUGCCGGCCGCGUACGCCUACACCUACGGCAGCUACUUGCCGUACUACCGGCCCAGCUACCUCUUCUAAGGGCUAUGUGUCCCUCAAGCCCGGCUCGCCGUCCCG